CUCUGCUAUGGCCUGUCCGUCCUGGGUGGCCCUGCACGGCAGAGCUCACAGCUUCAUUGUGCUACACAAGCCUCUUCGCCACGACAGUUACAUAGGGUCCUCCUGUGUGUGCCCAGAAGCUGCAACUACUCCUCUGUGGCAAAAGUACGAAGCAGAGUUUAUACGUUUUCUAGGGAGCUUUUCCUCCUCUGUGGUUCACGUGCUCUUGCUGUCCGUGCUCCUGUCCUGCCCUCGUUCUGCCUUGUGGACCAGCUCCAUCAGCACACGGGCUGGCACACAAAUGUGAAAACAAACAAACCAGCCCCAGAGCAGGAAUGGAAUCUGCCAAUUUCUGUCUGCAGAUUAGGGGCUGUAUUACCGAGUAGUGACAAAGCCACGAAUUUGCAGAAAUUCAGGCUGGAGAGAGCCAUUUCUGUGAGAGGAAAGCCUGAAUCAUUUGCUUGGUGCGUGACUCCAUGUUUGAGUGUUGCCCAGCCAUUAUGAGGCUGAGUGUAACUUACUUGCAAUUAGGUUUAAUUGUUGCUGUGCUUUUGCUGAGAGAGUUUAAGUAUUAUAGAUUUCGGCCCAAGUUAAAUUCAGAAAUCCAGUGUAAAUGUUCAAACAUGAGUUUUGUGUUCUUUCAACAAAAUAAUUUAUUUGCAUCGUUUAUUCACAUGGUCGGUCAAGCAGUUGAAAGUGUGUCGACCCCAUCUCAAAUGGGGAGGAAGGAAAAAGGCCUUCAGUGGGUCCCCCUGGGGUCAGUGCUGUACCCCAAGUUUGGUCCAGGUCCAGGUUAGAUAGACAGGGUGUCGUCAACACAGACUGGGAACAGCCUCGCACGCUCUGCCUUGUGAAUGAUCUGCCUUAGCAGCAUUUCCUGUCAUUCCCAGCAAAGCAAGGAAGCCUCACCGCUCGCUGUCCCGAGGCUGCUGCCCAGCCCCCUCAGAGGCUACGUCGCUGCAAACAUUUCUCUUGUUUGUUCCAUGGAGUGAGCAGAAAGUUCCAAGUGGGCUUAAAGUCCGUCAUAUUGUCCAUAUGCAGUUUGGCUCACCAAGACCAUGCAGCCCUGAAAGUCUGGUGGUGGUAUUAGUGCCCCGAGUAGUCCAUCUCCAUCCCUGUUCUCGCCUCCCGUCGUGCUGGUCCUCGGGGAGCGUUCCCGCUGCUGUAACUUAGGGCCACCCGCCGCGGGGUCACUUAGUCUUCUCCGUGAAGGUGAAGCUGUAGCACUCACGCUCCGGCUUCCUCUUAUGCUGGCUGCCAAGAAUGGCAUCCAAAGAUGGGUGGCAAGUCUGGAGGUGGCCAAGACUUCAAGAAAGGGUUAGGCUUAGGCUGAGAGUAUUAGGAAUUAGGUGUGUUUUGUUCCUGAUUUUGACAGCUCCUCUCGUAGAUUCCACACUGCCAGAGCCAUCAAGAAGCUGUUUCCCAGUGUGGCCAUGUCUUUCUCAAGCCUGCAUGGCAGAGUAAUGGCUGGACCACGGAGGACCCUCUGGGCCGCAAACAGUUGUGCUUCUUUCAACCCAAGGCUGCCUUCCCGGACGGGCCUCCCAGCACAAGGCAAGGCGCCUGCCGCAUCCAGUAGCGAGACCAGCGCUGUCCGAUCCCUUCCGACUGCUCCGGGAACCUCCAGUUCGGUGCCACAAGCCUUUGGCCGCCAGGCGCGGGACGCACAGCCGGGAAUCCAGCUCUUCUGAAUUGUGCCGCCCGGGCUGAGAAGCUGAAGCCCCUGUUGUGGAAGCCCCGAUUCCUUUUCCCCAGCAUGUCAGAGAGCUGGCAGCAGCAGCCCCCGCCCCCGCAGCAGCCCCCGCCCCACGCGGGGACGGCGGCCCUCCCGGAGCAUCCCAUCCCAUCGGGCACUGUGGCCGAGAACCCGCUGGGCUGCGCUGUCUACGGCAUCCUCCUGCAGCCGGAGCCCAGUGGCCUGCAGCACCAUGCCCCGCUGCCCGCCAGUGCCGGGGGGGAGCCGCCCCCCAAGUGCGGGGUCUGCGGGCAUGACCUGGCCCACCUCUCCAACCCACAGGAGCACCAGUGCCUGCCGGGCCACGACCGCUCCUUCCAGUGCACGCAGUGCCUGAAGAUCUUCCACCAGGCCACGGACCUGCUGGAGCACCAGUGCCUGCAGGUGGAGCAGAAGCCCUUCGUCUGCGGGGUCUGCAAGAUGGGCUUCUCGCUGCUCACCUCGCUGGCCCAGCACCACAACGUCCACAGUGGCAGCGCUGCGGUCAAGUGCUCCAUCUGCGAGAAGACCUACAAGGCCGCCGCAGCCGCGGCAGCGGGCCCCGAGGAGCCGGCCACCCCACCGCAGCCGGCCGCCCUCAACCGGGCGCCCGCCGAGAAGCCCUACAGCUGCUCCAUCUGCCAGAAGCCCUUCAAGCACCUCUCGGAGCUGUCGCGGCACGAGCGGGUGCACACGGGCGAGAAGCCCUACAAGUGCAGCCUGUGCGAGAAGAGCUUCAGCCAGUCCUCGCACCUGGUGCACCACAAGCGCACCCACAGCGCCGAGCGGCCCUACAAGUGCACCGUCUGCGAGAAGGCCUUCAAGCACCGCUCCCACCUGGUGCGCCACAUGUACGCCCACUCGGGCGAGGCGCACCUCUUCCGCUGCAACGUCUGCGAGCUGCACUUCAAGGAGUCCGCCGAGCUGCUGCAGCACCCUUGCACGCCCAGCGGCGAGCGCCCCUUCCGCUGCGCCGCCUGCCCCAAGGCCUUCCGGCGGCCCUCCGACCUGCGGCAGCACGAGCGCACCCACAGCACCGAGCGCCCCUUCCAGUGCGACCUCUGCCAGAUGAGCUUCAAGCAGCAGUACGCCCUCAUGCGCCACCGCCGCACCCACAAGGCGGCCCCCGCCGCCGCCCCACCGGCCGCCGAGCCGGAGCCGCAGGCCGCGCCCUUCAAGUGCGCGCUGUGCGAGAAGGGCUUCGUGCAGCCGGCCCACCUGCUGUACCACCAGCACGUGCACGGCAUCGAGAACCUCUUCCGCUGCAACGCCUGCCAGAAGGGCUUCAGCCAGUCCUCGGAGCUGCUGCGGCACCGCUGCGUGCAGAGCGCCGAGCGCCCCUUCAAGUGCGCCGCCUGCAGCAAGGCCUACAAGCGUGCCGCGGCCCUGCAGAAGCACCAGCUGGCCGCGCACUGCGCCGAGAAGCCGCUGCGCUGCACCCUCUGCGAGCGCCGCUUCUUCUCCUCCUCCGAGUUCGUGCAGCACCGCUGCGACCCGGCCCGUGAGCGCCCCCUCAAGUGCCCGGACUGCCAGAAGCGCUUCAAAUACGCCUCGGACUUGCAGCGGCACCGGCGCGUGCACACGGGCGAGAAGCCCUACAAGUGCCCCGCGUGCGAGAAGGCCUUCAAGCAGCGGGAGCACCUGAACAAGCACCACGGCGUGCACAGCCGCGAGCAGCCCUACAAGUGCAUGUGGUGCGGCGAGCGCUUCCUGGACCUCGGGCUGCUGCAGGAGCACAGCGCCCAGCACACCGCCGCCGAGAGCACCUACCCUGGCGCCCCCUGCCUGCCCUGAGCCCCCGGGCCCCGGCCUCGUGGGGCCCUUCCCCGCC